CCGCUCCCUCCCCUCCCGCCCCCGGCCGAGGCCGAGGGACCGGGCGGGGGGCCCCUGCAGGAGGGCUGUUGGCCUGCUGCCGUGCUGCUGAACAGUAUGCAGUCCUUCCGGGAGCAAAGCAGUUACCACGGAGACCAGCAGAGCUACCCGCAGGAGGUACACAGCUCAUCCCGGAUAGAAGAGUUCAGCCCGCGUCAGGCCCAGAUGUUCCAGAAUUUUGGGGGUGCAGGCAGCGGCGGCGGCAGCAGCAGCAGCAGCAGCGGCGGUGGGCGACGAGGCUCGGCGGCUGCGGCAGCGAUGGCUAGCGAAACCUCUGGCCACCAGGGCUACCAGGGCUUCAGGAAAGAGGCUGGAGACUUCUACUACAUGGCAGGCAGCAAAGACCCCGUGACAGCAGGAACCCCGCAGCCGCCGCAGCGAAGGCCUUCGGGGCCCGUGCAGAGCUACGGACCGCCCCAGGGGAGCAGCUUUGGCAAUCAGUAUGGGAGCGAGGGGCACGUGGGCCAGUUUCAAGCCCAGCACUCGGCCCUCAGUGGGGUGUCCCACUAUCAGCAGGAUUACACGGGGCCUUUCUCUCCAGGGAGCGCUCAGUACCAGCAGCAAGCUUCCAGCCAGCAGCAGCAGCAGCAGGUGCAGCAGCUGAGACAGCAGCUCUACCAGUCCCACCAGCCUCUGCCACAGGCCACCGGCCAGCCGGCGUCCGCGUCGUCCCAUCUGCAGCCGAUGCAGCGGCCCUCCGCUCUGCCGUCGUCCGCUUCCGGGUACCAGCUGCGGGUCGGCCAGUUUGGCCAGCACUACCAGUCCUCCGCCGCCUCCUCGUCCUCCUCCUUCCCUUCGCCGCAGCGUUUCAGCCAGUCCGGCCAGAGCUACGAUGGCAGCUACAGCGUGAAUGCGGGCUCCCAGUACGAGGGACACGGCGUGGGUUCUAACGCGCAGGCGUACGGCACGCAGUCCAACUACAGCUAUCAGCCUCAGUCUGUGAAGGGCUUCGAGCCGGCCAAGGUUCCCCAGGGGACGCAGCAGGGGCAGGCGCCCGCGCAGCCGCCGCAGCCCCCGCCGCAGCACGUGAUGCAGUACACGAACACCGCCACCAAGCUGCCCCUGCAGGCCCAGGUGGGGCAGUACAGCCAGCCCGAGGUUCCGGUGCGGUCCCCGAUGCAGUUCCACCAGAACUUCAGCCCCAUCUCCAACCCUUCCCCCGCGGCCUCUGUGGUGCAGUCUCCAAGCUGCAGCUCCACCCCGUCCCCCCUGAUGCAGAGCGGGGAGAACCUGCAGUGUGGGCAGGGCAGUGUGCCCAUGGGUUCCAGAAACCGAAUUUUACAGCUAAUGCCCCAGCUGAGCCCGACGCCCUCCAUGAUGCCCAGUCCUAACUCGCACGCCGCAGGCUUCAAAGGGUUUGGCCUAGAAGGAGUGCCGGAAAAGCGGCUGACAGACCCCGGCCUGAGUAGUUUGAGCGCCCUGAGUACGCAGGUGGCCAAUCUUCCUAACACCGUUCAGCACAUGCUACUUUCCGAUGCCCUGACACCUCAGAAGAAGACCUCCAAGAGGCCCUCCUCCUCUUCGAAGAAAGCGGACAGCUGCACAAACUCCGAAGGCUCCUCCCAGCCUGAGGAGCAGCUCAAGUCCCCUAUGGCCGAGUCGCUGGACGGAGGCUGCUCGAGCAGCUCCGAGGACCAAGGCGAGCGGGUGAGGCAGCUCAGUGGCCAGAGCACCAGCUCGGACACCACCUACAAGGGCGGGGCCUCCGAGAAAGCGGGCUCUUCCCCGGCGCAGGGCGCUCAGAGCGAGGCCCCCAGACUCAGUGCCAGUCCCGCGGCCAGAGAAGAGGCCGCCUCGCCUGGGGCUAAGGACACACCGCUGUCGUCCGAGGGCAACCCCAAAGUCAACGAGAAGACGGUUGGGGUGAUUGUCUCCCGGGAAGCCAUGACAGGACGGGUCGAAAAACCUGGUGCACAAGAUAAAGGCUCCCAGGAGGAGGAUCCCACAGCCACGCAGAGGCCACCCAGCGCUGGAGGGCCAAAGGAGACCAGUCACCCGUCGGUCCCACAGCCAGAGCCCCCGGGGGGAGGGAGCAAAGGAAACAAGAAUGUAGAUAAUAACUCCAACCACAAUGGAGAGGGAAACGGCCAGGGCGGGCACUCGGCGGUGGGCCCCGGUUUUACAGGCAGGAGCGAGGCCGGCAAAUCUCCCGGCAGCCUGCGCUAUAGUUACAAAGACAGUUUCGGGUCAGCCGCGCCGAGAAACGUCAGUAGCUUUCCUCAGUACCCUACAGGACAAGAUAAGGGGGACUUCGCUGGCCACGGGGAGCGCAAGGGGAGGAACGAGAAGUUCCCCAGCCUGCUACAGGAAGUGCUUCAGGGCUACCAUCACCACCCGGACAGGAGGUACUCCAGGAGCGCGCAGGAGCAUCAGGGCAUGGCGGGGGGCCUGGAAGCAGCCACGAGGCCUAAUGUCUUAGUCAGUCAAACCAAUGAGUUAGCUAGCAGGGGCCUCUUGAACAAGAGCAUCGGGUCCCUAUUAGAAAACCCGCACUGGGGCCCUUGGGAGAGGAAGUCAAGCGGCACGGCUCCCGAAAUGAAACAGAUCAAUUUGGCUGACUAUCCGAUUCCCAGAAAGUUUGAAAUAGAGCCUCAGUCAUCGGCCCAUGAGCCCGGGGGUUCCCUCUCUGAAAGAAGAUCCGUGAUCUGUGACAUUUCUCCACUAAGACAGAUUGUCAGGGACCCGGGGGCGCACUCACUGGGACACAUGGGUACCGACACCAGACUUGGGAGGAGUGAUCGGCUCAAUCCAAGUUUAAGUCAGUCGGUCAUUCUUCCCGGUGGGUUGGUAUCCAUGGAAGCGAAGCUGAAAUCCCAGAGCGGGCAGAUAAAAGAGGAAGACUUUGAACAGUCCAAAUCUCAAGCUAGCUUCAACAACAAGAAAUCCGGAGACCACUGCCACCCUGCCAGCAUCAAGCACGAGUCUUACCGAGGCAACGCCAGUCCUGGAGCCGCUCACGAUUCCAUCUCAGACUAUGGCCCCCAAGACAGCAGACCCACGCCGAUGCGGCGGGUUCCUGGCAGAGUCAGUGGCCGGGAGGGCAUGAGGGGUCGGUCCCCUUCGCAGUAUCAUGACUUCUCAGAAAAACUGAAGAUGUCUCCUGGGAGGAGCAGAGGCCCAGGGGGAGACCCUCAUCACAUGAACCCACACAUGACCUUUUCGGAGCGGGCCAACCGGAGUUCUUUACACGCUCCCUUCUCUCCCAACUCAGAAAGCCUGGCCUCUGCUUACCACGCCAACACUCGGGCUCAUGCUUAUGGGGACCCCAACGCAGGUUUGAAUUCUCAGCUCCAUUAUAAGAGACAGAUGUACCAACAGCAGCAAGACGAGUACAAAGACUGGAGCAGCAGCUCUGCUCAGGGAGUGAUCGCCGCCGCGCAGCACAGGCAGGAGGGACCACGGAAGAGCCCGAGGCAGCAGCAGUUUCUUGACAGAGUGCGGAGCCCUCUGAAAAACGACAAAGAUGGUAUGAUGUAUGGCCCACCAAUGGGGACUUACCAUGACCCCAGUGGUCAGGAAGGGGGGCGCUGCCUCAUGUCUGCCGAUGGUCUGUCUAACAAAGGCAUCGAGUUGAAGCAUGGCUCCCAGAAGUUACAACAAGAAUCUUGUUGGGAUCUUUCCCGGCAGACUUCUCCAGCCAAAAGCAGCGGUCCUGCGGGGAUGUCCAAUCAGAAGAGGUACGGGCCACCCCACGAGGCCGACGGACACGGGCUCGCCGACACGCCGCAGUCGUCCAAACCCAGUAAUGUUAUGCUCAGGCUCCCCGGCCAAGAGGAUCAUUCUUCUCAAAACCCUUUAAUCAUGCGGAGGCGGGUGCGUUCCUUUAUCUCUCCCAUUCCCAGCAAGAGGCAGUCACAGGAUGUGAAAAACAGUAACACGGAAGAUAAAGGGCGCCUCCUUCACCCACCGAAAGAAGGCCCCGACCGAGCGUUCAAUUCCUAUGCGCAUCUCUCUCACAGCCAGGAUGUCAGAUCCAUCCCGAAGAGAGAAUCCUCCAAGGACCUUCCAAGUCCAGAUAGCAGAAACUGCCCCGCGGUUACCCUCACAAGUCCUGCUAAGACCAAAAUACUGCCCCCUCGGAAAGGCCGGGGCUUGAAAUUGGAAGCUAUAGUUCAGAAGAUCACGUCCCCAAACAUCAGGAGGAGCGCAUCCUCGAACAGCGCGGAGGCCGGGGGAGACACGGUCACUCUCGAUGACAUUCUGUCUUUGAAGAGUGGCCCUCCCGAAGGUGGCAGUGUUGCUGUUCAGGAUGCCGAGAUGGAGAAGAGAAAAGGUGAGCUGGUGUCUGACCUGGUCUGUCCGACAAGCCAGGACCUGAACAUCGAAAAGCCCCUGCCAAGGGCUUCAGAGGAGUGGCGUGGCGGGGGGGAUGACAAAGUGAAGACCGAGACGCACCCGGAGACAGUCACUGCUGGAAAGGACCCCCCUGGCGCCAUGACAUCCGCGACCUCACAGAAGCCUGGGGGUAACCAGGGGAGACCAGAUGGUUCCCUUGGUGGGACUGCACCCUUAAUCUUCUCGGACUCAAAGAAUGUACCUCCAGCGGGCGUGUCGGCCCCUGAGGCAAACCCCAAGGCUGAGGAGAAAGAGAACGAUACAGUGACGAUUUCCCCCAAACAAGAGGGUUUCCCCCCGAAGGGGUACUUCCCAUCAGGAAAGAAGAAGGGAAGACCCAUCGGUAGUGUGAACAAGCAAAAGAAACAGCAGCCACCACCUCCGCCCCCUCAGCCCCCUCAGAUACCAGAAGCUUCUGCGGAUGGAGAGCCAAAGCCAAAAAAGCAGAGGCAAAGGCGGGAGAGGAGGAAGCCUGGGGCGCAGCCAAGGAAGCGGAAAACCAAACAAGCGGUUCCCAUCGUGGAGCCCCAGGAACCCGAGAUCAAACUAAAGUAUGCCACCCAGCCACUGGAUAAAACCGAUGCCAGGAACAAGUCUUUUUUCCCUUACAUCCAUGUAGUGAGUAAGCGUGACCUUGGGGCCGUGUGUACAAUCAUCAAUGCGGAGGAGGAGGAGCAAACCAAACUGGUGAGGGGCCGGAGGGGCCAGAGGUCGCGGACGCCGCCGCCCAGCAGCGCAGAGAGCAAGGCACUGCCGGCCUCGUCCUUCAUGCUGCAGGGCCCCGUGGUGACCGAGUCUUCUGUCGUGGGGCACCUGGUGUGCUGUCUGUGUGGCAAGUGGGCCAGUUACCGCAACAUGGGCGACCUCUUUGGACCCUUUUACCCGCAAGAUUAUGCCGCCACUCUCCCGAAGAACCCGCCCCCGAAGCGGGCCGCGGAGACGCAGAGCAGAGUCAAAGUGCGGCACAAAAGCGCUUCGAAUGGCUCCAAGACGGACACUGAGGAGGAGGAGGAGCAGCAGCAGAAGGAGCAGAGGAGCCUGGCCGCGCACCCCAGGUUCAAGCGGCGACACCGCUCGGAAGACUGCGGCGGCGGCGGCGGCCCUCGCUCCCUGGCCCGGGGGCUCCCCUGUAAGAAGGCCACCGCCGAGGGCAGCAGCGACAAGACUGCUUUGGACUCGAAGCCCUCCGUGCCCACCACUUCGGAAGGGGGCCCCGAGCUGGAGUUACAAAUUCCUGAACUACCUCUUGACAGCAAUGAAUUUUGGGUCCACGAGGGUUGUAUUCUCUGGGCCAAUGGAAUCUACCUGGUCUGCGGCCGGCUCUACGGCCUGCAGGAGGCGCUGGAAAUAGCCAGAGAGAUGAAAUGUUCCCACUGCCAGGAGGCAGGUGCCACCUUGGGCUGUUACAACAAAGGCUGUUCCUUCCGAUACCACUACCCAUGUGCCAUUGACGCAGAUUGUUUGCUCCAUGAGGAGAACUUCUCGGUGAGGUGCCCCAAGCACAAGCCUCCCCUCCCGUUCCCCCUCCCCGCCUUGCAGAACAAGACAGCGAAAGGCAGCCUCAGCACAGAGCAGUCGGAGCGGGGGUGAGGGGGGCAGUGUGCUCGUGGGAGUGGAAAGUACAGCAAGCACAGGUGAGACUGUGGAGAUGAGAGGUGGUGGACACUCGCGAUGGAAGGAACCGUCCUGCUGUGCGGCCCUGCCCUGCCCCGCCCGCCCCGCCAGCACCUCCUCCCCAAG